AUGGUUGUUCUUCAAAGUUGUGAAACCAUUGUAACAAAAAGUGACAAUAUCCAAAUAAUCAGUAACUGCUUGAAUGACAUGUCAACAAUGGUUUGCACAGACCCGAGUUUGUUUGGAUGGCCAAUGAUGAUGAUGUAUGGUUGCUUACAAAGCCCUGGAGGCAACAUUCUUUGGAAUGGAAUCGACAUAGGUGCAAGAAACCAAACAUCAAAAUCAGAUUGGUGGUUUGAAGAUGUUUCACAUAUUAGUGUUGUUUUGUUCAAAAGGCUUAUCAAGACAAUGGAAUCUAAAGGCAUCCAACCCAAAAAGUUAACAGGUGCUAUCAUGUAGUAUUUUGGAAAAUGUCUUCAUGGAUUAGAUAGAUGGCAAAGUGGGAAGUUUAGUAAAACUAAAUUUAGCACAAAGUAUGACAUAGUGGAUCAAAGGGUAGUAUUGGAAAGCAUUGUGGAUUUUCUCCCACAAAUAAAGGGCAAGUCUUUUUGUCG